UUUAAUCAGCUUACACAAAAGUUCAACCAAUCACUGAAGGACGCCAGUGACCAAUCACAAGUGAUAAACGAGUUGUCUCGUCAACUGGAGGCGGCGAAGACAACGGCGCAGCAGGCAGCGGUGGAGGCGGAGAAUGCACACCGCCAGGCUGCAGCGUGGGCCACCGAGCAGUCGGUCAACUCAGAGCAAAGUCAGCGAGACCGUGAGGCCAUGGCCGCUUUGAAGGCCGACCUCCAGGACACUCUGAAAGCCAAGGAUGCAGCUGAAAAGAGGAUAGAAAGACUUGAAAACGAUCUGCAAAACCAAAUCAAAGCCCUCAACGUAGCUGUUGAUCAGGCACACACUAUUGAGGAAGUUUGUAAACAGGAACAUUUGACACUCAUUGAUAGCCUAUCACGGGAGAAUCAGGAUCUUAAGGUGGCUUUGAAUGAGGCGAAUCAGGCACAAUCACGCAGUGCAAGCUUCGAUGAGCCUGCAAGCCAGAGCUUGAAAAAAGAAGUGGAUGUGUUGAAAAAGGAGCUCGACAAACGAGACGUCGUAAUCACAAAAUUGGAAAAAGAAUGUCAAGAAAAACACGUACGCAAGCUGGAGGCGCUUCAGGUGCAGCUGCGCAGAUACGAGGAGGAGACGGCAAAUCUCAACCGUGUACUGGACGAACAGCGCAAGGGAAUAGAAGAAAGGGAUCGACUUGUUCGACAACUACGAGCUGAAAAUGCAAGUUUUGUUUUUUGUGUUCCCCUAAAUUACAUUAUCCACGUUGCUAUUUAA